AUGAUAAAUGUAAUUGAUCAAUUAUUUGAGCAUUAUAAUCAAAAUCAUAGUAAAAUUUUAAUAAUUGGUUAUCUUAAAUUAAAUAUCAAAAAAUUUCAAUCAUUAUCAAGAAAAAGUCAACGAUCAAUAACAAGAACUAGAAAUAUUGGUACAAAUGAACAACAUCUUUCAAUCAAGAAUGAUAAAGAUUCAUCAAUAAUAUCAAACACAAAUAAAGAUACAAAAGUUAAUUUUGAACGAUUACUUUCAACAACAGUAUUUUCUAUAAAAUCAGUAGUAAGUCUUAUUUCUACACAAGAUUUAUUAAAAAAUUUGGAAGAAAUACUUAAUUAUUUUAAAUCAACGUUCAAUGUACAAAAGAGCGGACAUGAACUUGAAACACAUGCUUUAGCAACAUUAGAACCAGUUGUAUAUGAUUUAUUUCUUGUUGAAACCUUACUUGAACUUGUUCGAUACAACAAAAAUCUUUUCAUAUCAUCUCUACGUAUUAAAAAAAGCAAUAAUAGAAUUGAUAUUUUUAUAAACUUUGCAAUUGUUGAUAGUGUUCGAAAUGAAGAUCCGAUAUUAACACGAUGGAAUAAUACUUUAUCAUUAGUUAAUAGAAUACGAGAUAGUGACGCUCCUCUUCGAAUUUUACAUGACCUAAAUAAUGUCGAAAAAAUUCCAAAUGAUUUUCGUCAAUCAUUAGUUCAUGAUUAA